UACGCCUCGUUUAAGGUCAGGCCGAACCUGUCAGUCCAGUGACAUUAAACGUGUGUGCGCGGUCUGAGAUUUUAUUCUCUCUUACCGGGGGAUCAGUGAGCGCCUUACCACUAUGAGAGCAGUAUGGUUAAAGCGGCCAGUCCUCGUACUGAUGGGGACUGGGCUGGUCUUGUACAUGGGCAUGUUUUUGAAGAGGGGAUACGAACCCGUGUGGAUCGACAAAGACGUGGACGCGCCGAAAAUCGUCAGGAGUUUUUCUGACCUGGAGGCAAGCAUCAACAAUCUCUCCAAUGUAAUCCGAGCUUUUGAGAAAAAGCAGGAUGUCAUGCAGAGAAUGCUUGAAGAUGACAGAGACAGACAGAGAAAAGCUGCAGAGGUUCAACACCAGCCACCAGACAAGAAGCAGCAAGAACAGAAAGAACAACCCAAAGCAGAGAUCCAGGAACAAAAGGAGGAACUCAAAGCCAAAAAGUCCAAUAAACUGUUCCCGGGCUCCGCCCUGUUCAAGGAGUGGGGUGAGAAUCUGUCUGAGGACGACCAAAGAGAGGCACAGGCUCUGUUUGAGAAGUACGGAUACAACGUUUUCCUCAGUGAUCGCCUUCCUCUAGAUCGAGUUCUUCCAGAUACCAGGGAUCCACGGUGUUCGAAAAAGAGCUAUCCAAAAGACCUGCCAAGUCUUGGAGUGGUGCUUAUCUACCUGAACGAAGCCUUGUCUGUUAUCAAAAGAGCCCUGCGCAGCAUCAUUGACCGCACACCUAAAUACCUACUCAAAGAGAUAAUAAUGGUGGAUGACAAUAGCUCUAAUGAAAAUCUGAAGGGGGACCUUGACGUGUAUGUGAAGUCGCUUGAGGAGCAGAACCCAACUCUUCGUUUUACCAGAGUGAGACACAGCGAGCAGCGAGGGCUUGCUCACGCCAGAGUUUCUGGAUGGAGAGCUGCUACUGCUGACGUGGUGGCUAUCCUGGAUGCACACAUCGAAGUCCAUGAGAUGUGGGCUGAACCACUGCUGACACAGAUUAAAGGUGACCGAACAGUGGUUGUGUCCCCUGUGUUUGACAGAGUCAACUUUGACGACCUCAAAGUCAUUCAGUACCUUCCAGCAGCACACGCCUUUGACUGGGCUUUGUGGUGCAUGUAUGAGGGUUUCUCACCUGACUAUUACAAACUCAACGACAGUUCGCUGCCUGGGAAGAGUCCAUCUGUCAUGGGAAUCCUAGUUGCUGAUAGAAAGUUUCUAGGGGAAAUUGGAGUCCUCGAUGAAGGAAUGAAAGUCUAUGGCGGAGAAAAUGUUGAGCUGGGAAUUCGGGUGUGGACAUGUGGAGGCAGUGUUGAAGUAGUUCCAUGCUCCAAGAUCGCUCACAUCGAGAGGUACCACAAGCCCUACCUGCCAGACCUGAGUCCAGCCAUGAAGAGAAACGCCCUGAGAGUAGCAGAAAUCUGGAUGGACGAAUACAAACACAACAUCAACUUGGCUUGGAAUUUGCCAUUUGAGAAUCAUGGAAUUGACAUUGGGGAUAUCUCUGAGAGGAAAAAACUCAGAGAAAGUUUGAACUGUAAACCUUUCAAAUGGUACCUGGAAAAUGUGUAUCCCAAGCUGGAUCCCUGGGACAACCUACUUGCCUAUGGAGGAAUGAAGAAUCUUGAUGCUGACAUGUGCUUAGACCAAGGCCCUGUGCCAGGUCACACACCCAUUGCUUUUGGCUGCUACUACUAUGGACCUCAAUUCACAUAUUACCGCACAACUGGUGAGCUCUACAUCGGCGGCCUCAAGUCCCACAAAUACAAUGAUAACCGGUGUUUAACUGAUGUUGGCCAAAAAGAAACUGAGCCAGGCCUUUACAACUGCAAAGAAGCUAUGCAGAAAGGAAUGGGGAUAUACUGGGACUUCACUCAGGGUAAAGAACUGAAGAACAGACAGACAAAAAGAUGUCUGGAGAUUAAAAGUAGCAAACUUCUAAUACAGGAAUGCUCUGGCCAAAGAUGGGAAAUCCAAAACAUAAUCAAAGCCUUUUAAAGUGUCAGUGAAUCCAAUAAGUGCUCUUCUUUGCUCAUAGGUCAGUGGAUAAUAACAGUUGAAUGUGUAAAAUGUAAACGAAAGUCAAUGAAAUGUGACUACUGUUACGACUCUUGUAAUUCUUUAUAUGUUCUCUUACUUGGGAUAGAAAAAGUAAUUUAUUUUGGUAAUCUUAAGUGAAAUGUGUGGACAUUUCCCCAAAAAUAGAAUUUUGUAAAUUUGCUUGACAUCUUCUGUAUUAAUAUUAAGGUUGCAAAUGAUUGUUUUCCUUAUUUAUUAAUAUUCCAGUUAUUUUUUGAUUCACUGCUUAGUCACAGUUAUUCACAAGAAAAAGAUACUAACCAUGAAUUACCAAAACCCAAAACAAUGUUAGGAUUCCUUUUUUUACCAGGUGACUGUGAGAAAUACCAGAGGUUUGGUUAAAGGAAAUACCCAUAUAAAAUAGCAAAACUGAGAAAAGUGAACAAAUCCCAUAUAUUUCUCUCAUGUUUUUCAAUCCAAAAUUAUGACCAAUGAUUAAAUGUGAGUUUUCCUGGCUUUGCUAAGUGCAUGUUCAAUAUUAAAUGAUGGUCUAAUAACACAGGAAUAACGUCCAGGGGACAGCUACUCUUAUAUCACUAAAAUAAUCCAGGUCAGGUUUUCUGUUGUUGUUGUUGUCUGUGUAUUGGAUCUUGAUUAUUUCUUUUGAAAAUGUCACAUAGUUAUGGUAAGAGGUGUGGUGUGGCUGGUUGUUAUAACAGUGUCAUAUUGUCAAUGGAAAACUAUUGUGGGUGUGUAAAGGAUCUUGGUGUUUUAUCAAAGUCUGUUAGACUAAAAUAACCUCCAGCCUCAGUCCCUUCUGGAGAUCCUCAACAAGCCAUUUUUUUAAACACAGUUUUUCAAAUAUUUAACUUUUUGUUUGGAACUUAGAAAUAAAUUGAUCUAUCAAACUAC